AUGAGAACUGUAGCCAUCUAUUCUCACGAAGAUCGUUUAUCCACUCACAGAUUAAAGGCAGAUGAAUCGUACGUAAUCGGUGAACAAGGUGAAUUUACCCCAGUUGGUGCAUAUCUAGCUAUUGACGAAAUUAUUAAUAUUGCCAAAAAGCACGGCGUUGAUUUCAUCCAUCCAGGUUAUGGAUUCCUUUCUGAAAAUUCCGAAUUUGCUGAAAAGGUUGCCGCAAAUGGUAUUACAUGGAUCGGUCCACCUUCCUCAGUCAUCGAUUCUGUCGGUGAUAAAGUUUCUGCUAGAAAUUUAGCUGAAAGAGCAAAUGUUCCAACUGUUCCUGGUACUCCAGGGCCAAUCAAAACGUCUAAGGAAGCUGAAGAGUUUGUCGCCCAAUAUGGAUAUCCUGUGAUUAUUAAAGCUGCAUUUGGUGGUGGUGGUAGAGGUAUGAGAGUAGUCAGAGAAGGUGAUGAUAUUGCCGAUGCUUUCCAACGUGCUUCUUCUGAGGCGCUAACAGCCUUUGGUAACGGGACAUGUUUCGUUGAAAGGUUUUUGAAUAAGCCUAAACAUAUCGAAGUUCAAUUAUUAGCUGAUAACUAUGGGAAUGUCGUACAUUUAUUUGAAAGAGAUUGUUCUGUGCAAAGAAGACAUCAAAAGGUUGUCGAAGUCGCUCCAGCUAAGACGCUACCUCGUGAAGUUCGUAACUCCAUCUUAACCGAUGCAGUUAAAUUAGCUAAGGAAUGUGGAUACAGAAAUGCUGGUACUGCUGAAUUCUUGGUGGAUGAUCAAAACAGACAUUAUUUCAUUGAAAUUAAUCCCAGAAUCCAAGUUGAACAUACUAUUACAGAAGAAAUUACCGGUAUUGAUAUUGUUGCUGCUCAAAUUCAAAUAGCUGCUGGUGCUUCCCUAUCUCAAUUGGGGCUUUUACAAGAUAAGAUUACUACAAGAGGGUUUGCUAUCCAAUGCCGUAUCACCACUGAAGAUCCAUCUAAGAACUUUCAACCUGAUACUGGUAGAUUAGAGGUCUAUAGAUCAGCUGGUGGUAAUGGUGUUAGAUUAGACGGGGGUAAUGCGUACGCUGGUGCUGUCAUUUCUCCUCAUUAUGAUUCUAUGUUGGUUAAAUGUUCUUGUUCUGGGUCAACCUAUGAAAUUGUUCGUCGUAAAAUGAUCCGUGCAUUGAUCGAAUUCAGAAUUAGAGGUGUGAAGACAAACAUUCCAUUCCUUUUGACAUUACUAACGCAUCCUGUCUUUAUCGGAGGUGACUAUUGGACUACUUUCAUCGAUGAUACUCCACAACUGUUCGAAAUGGUGUCCUCUCAAAAUAGAGCACAAAAGUUAUUACAUUAUUUGGCUGACCUCGCUGUCAAUGGCUCUUCUAUUAAAGGUCAAGUCGGUGUCCCAAGAUUAACAAAGAGCCCAGAUAUCCCACAUCUAUAUGAUGCAGAAGGUAAGAAAAUCAAUGUAUUGAACACACCGCCGCCCACUGGUUGGAGACAAGUCUUAUUAGAGAAAGGUCCAGAAGAGUUUGCUAGACAAAUUAGACAAUUCCAAGGAACUUUAUUAAUGGACACUACAUGGAGAGAUGCUCAUCAGUCUCUAUUAGCCACAAGAGUGAGAACAUACGACUUGGCUGCUAUUGCUCCAACAACUGCUCAUGCCUUAUCAGGUGCAUUCGCUCUUGAAUGUUGGGGUGGUGCUACCUUUGAUGUCGCAAUGAGAUUUUUACAUGAAGAUCCGUGGGAUCGUUUAAGAACUCUAAGAAAGUUAGUUCCAAAUAUUCCAUUCCAAAUGUUAUUACGUGGAGCCAAUGGUGUGGCUUACUCUUCAUUGCCAGAUAAUGCUAUUGAUCAUUUCGUGAAACAAGCAAAGGAUAAUGGUGUAGAUAUAUUUAGAGUCUUUGAUGCCUUGAAUGAUUUGGAUCAAUUGAAAGUAGGUGUUGAUGCAGUAAAGAAAGCUGGUGGUGUGGUAGAAGCUACUGUGUGCUACUCUGGUGAUAUGUUAGCAAAAGGCAAGAAAUAUAACCUGGAUUACUAUUUAGAAGUCACUGAUAAGAUUGUCCAAAUGGGUACUCAUUUCCUAGGUAUUAAAGAUAUGGCAGGUACAAUGAAACCAGCUGCUGCUAAGCUAUUAAUUGGAUCAAUUAGAGCUAAAUAUCCUGAUUUACCAAUCCACGUUCAUACCCAUGAUUCAGCGGGUACUGCAGUCUCAUCAAUGACUGUAGCUGCUCUAUCUGGCGCAGAUGUUGUCGAUGUUGCAAUCAAUUCUAUGUCUGGUUUAACAGCACAGCCAUCUAUCAAUGCUCUAUUAGCAUCUCUUGAUGGUGAAAUCAACACAGGUAUUAAUGUCCAGCAUGUUCGUGACUUGGAUGCUUACUGGGCGGAAAUGAGAUUACUGUACUCUUGUUUCGGUGCUGAUUUGAAGGGACCUGACCCAGAAGUUUAUCAACAUGAAAUUCCUGGUGGUCAACUAACCAACUUAUUAUUCCAAGCUCAACAACUGGGUCUAGGAGAACAAUGGGCCGAAACGAAGAGAGCUUACAGAGACGCUAACUAUCUAUUAGGUGAUAUCGUUAAAGUUACUCCAACUUCUAAAGUUGUUGGUGAUUUAGCACAAUUCAUGGUUACUAACAAAUUGACCCCAGAUGAUGUUAAACGUUUGGCUAAUUCAUUAGAUUUCCCAGAUUCUGUUAUGGAUUUCUUUGAAGGUUUAAUUGGUCAACCAUACGGUGGAUUCCCAGAACCAUUAAGAUCAGAUAUCUUGAGAAAUAAAAGAAGAAAACUGACAUGCCGUCCAGGCUUGGAAUUAGCUCCAUUUGAACUAUCGAAAAUUAAGGAAGAUCUUCAAACAAGAUUUGGUGACAUUGAUGAAUGUGACGUUGCUUCAUAUAACAUGUAUCCAAAGGUCUAUGAAGAUUUCCAAAAGAUCAAGGAAACCUAUGGUGAUUUAUCUGUUUUACCAACGAGAAGUUUCUUAGCUCCAUUGGUAAUUGACGAAGAGGUCGAAGUGACAAUUGAACAAGGUAAAAACUUAAUUAUAAAGCUUCAGGCCAUCGGUGAUUUGCACAAGGCCACUGGUAUUAGAGAAGUUUACUUCGAAUUAAAUGGUGAAAUGAGAAAAAUUCGUGUUGUUGACAGAUCCCAAAAGAUUGAAUCUAUUGCGAAGCCUAAGGCCGACGGUCAUGAUCCGUUCCAAAUUGGUGCGCCAAUGGCUGGUGUUAUUGUGGAAGUUAAAGUUCACAAAGGGUCGCUGGUGAAAAAGGGUCAAGCAGUUGCUGUCUUGAGUGCUAUGAAGAUGGAGAUGGUUAUUUCUUCUCCUGCUGAUGGCCAAGUUAAAGAGGUCUUAAUCAACAGCGGGGAAAAUGUUGAAGCUUCUGAUUUACUGGUCGUCUUAGAAGAUACUUCUUUGCCCACUGAAAAAUAG